UUCGACCCUGAAUACGUUAUUUUUAUUUUGUGGAAGCUCCAUUUGCCCUCACAAAGACAGACCCAACGGGACAAACAUGAGGAGCGCAGCCAAGCCCUGGAGUCCAGUCAUCAAAGCGGGGAGCCAUGGGACGGACCGUGCACGGCCCCUCCCUGCAGCUUCUUCCGGCAUGAAGAGUUCUAAAUCUUCGACCUCGUUGGCUUUUGAGUCCCGACUCAGCAAGCUCAAGAGGGCCAGUAGUGAAGACAUGCUCAACAAACCAGGAAGUGCUGCAGCUUCUGGGGUCGUUCGCUUGAAAAAGACUUCAACAGCUGGAGCCAUCUCUGAGCUUGCAGAGGGCCGCCUGAGGAGCAACCCAGGGGCUGUGACAACAACCAAACGGACAGGCAUUCCAGCUCCUCGAGAACUUUCGGUAACUGUCUCAAGAGACAGAACUGUGCCACGUGGUCCCUCCAACCCGAGGAAAUCGGUGUCCAGUCCAACUUCUUCCAGCACACCCACCCCUACCAAGCACCUGAGGACCACUUCCACAAGACCCAAGCAAGAGAAUGAAAGUGGAGAAAAGGCUGUGCUCGAGUCCCAAGUUCGGGAACUUUUGGCAGAAGCCAAAGCAAAAGAUAGUGAAAUUAACAGGCUUCGAAGUGAACUAAAGAAAUGCAAGGAGAAAAGGACUCUGAACACUGAGGGAACUGAUGCUUUGGAUCCAAAUGUAGAUGGAACAUCAGUCUCACCAGGUGACUUGGAACCUUUGAUAAGAGCUCUUGAGGAGAAGAACAAGAAUUUUCAGAAAGAGCUUGCUGAUCUAGAGGAAGAAAACCAGGCCUUGAAGGAGAAACUGACUUAUUUUGAGCAUUCACCAAAUUCAGAAGGGGGAACAAGUCAGACUGGUGACAGCAGCUGCCCAACAUCCAUAACUCAAGAAUCAAGCUUCGGAAGCCCAACUAGAAAUCAGUUGUCAGGUGAAAUCGAUGAGUAUAAAAAACACAUACACGAAAAUGCAUUACGGACGUCAGGUUCUUCAAGUAGUGAUGUUACCAAAGCUUCUUUGUCACCAGAUGCCUCUGAUUUUGAGCACAUCACAGCAGAUACCCCCUCUAGGCCCCUGUCUUCCACUAGCAACCCCUUUAAGAGCUCAAAGUGUUCCACCACUGGGAGUUCCCCUAACAACGUGAGUGAAUUGUCCCUGGCUUCUCUUACAGAAAAGAUACACAAGAUGGAAGAAAAUCACCAUAGCACAGCAGAAGAACUGCAGGCUACUUUACAAGAAUUAUCAGAUCAGCAACAAAUGGUGCAGGAAUUGACAGCUGAAAAUGAGAAACUGGUGGACGAGAAGACUAUUUUGGAAACUUCCUUUCAUCAGCAUCGAGAGAGGGCAGAGCAGCUAAGUCAGGAAAAUGAGAAGCUGAUAAAUCUCUUACAAGAGCGAGUCAAGAAUGAAGAGCCCAGUGCUCAAGAAGGAAAAAUCCUUGAACUGGAGCAGAAGUGUGCAGAAAUUCUUGAACAGGGCCGCUUUGAAAGAGAGAAGCUGCUCAGCAUUCAGCAGCAGCUGACCUGUAGCUUACGGAAGGUUGAGGAAGAAAACCAAGGAGCUUUAGAAAUGAUUAAACACCUAAAGGAAGAAAAUGAAAAACUGAAUGGGCUUCUAGAAUUGGAACGGCAUAAUAAUAGUGUGAUGGCCAAAACUCUGGAAGAAUAUAAAGUUACCUUGGAAGGGCUGAAGAUUGAAAAUGGGUCUUUGAAGGCUCAUUUGGAGAAUGAGAAGCAAAAAGCUGUAGAGACCAGUCCUGUGGGGCAAACAGCAGAGGGCUGUGAAGUUCAAGAAAUGUUGAAAGUAGCUCGAGCUGAGAAAGAUCAGCUGGGACGGUCUUGCACCGAGCUCAAACAAGAAUUACUAAAGGCACAUGGUGAAAUCAAACAUGUUUCCAGCCUGCUAGCCAAGGUGGAAAAGGAUUAUUCUUACUUGAAGGAGAUAUGUGAUCAUCAAGCAGAACAGCUGAGCAGAACCAGCCUAAAACUGCAAGAGAAAGCAUCAGAGAGUGAUGCAGAGAUUAAAGACAUGAAGGAAACCAUAUUUGAAUUGGAAGAUCAGGUGGAACAGCAUCGAGCUGUCAAGUUACAUAAUAAUCAACUCAUCAGUGAACUAGAAAGCAAUGUGAUGAAGCUGGAAGAACAGAAGUCAGAGCUGGAAAGGCAGCUCAAGACUCUGACUAAGCAGAUAAAGGAGGAGACCGAGGAGUGGAGGCGGUUCCAGGCGGACCUGCAGACUGCAGUGGUGGUAGCCAACGACAUCAAGUGUGAGGCCCAGCAGGAGCUGCGCACUGUGAAGCGGAAGUUGCUGGAGGAGGAGGAGAAGAACGCCAGGCUGCAGAAGGAGCUGGGGGACAUGCAGGGCCACAGCAGACCUGUGAAUGCAGAGUCGGAGCACUCCGAGGUCGAUGCUCCUGGCCGGUGGCAUGGUGUCUAUGUGAACAGAACAUCUCCAUCACCUUCAGAAUCUGCAACCACUGUUAAGUCCCUUAUCAAGUCAUUUGACUUGGGAUGCCCAGGUGGAGCUGGACAGAAUAUCUCUGUCCAUAAGACCCCCAGAAGUCCCCUAAGUGGAAUUCCAGUGAGGACCGCUCCAGCCGCGGCUGUUUCUCCCAUGCAGAGGCAUUCAACGUACAGCAGUGUUCGGCCAGCCAGCAAAGGAGUGACGCAACGCUUGGAGCUUCCGGACCUUCCCCUCUCAGAUCUUCUGAAGGGAAGGGCUGAGGACCUGAAACCGGACCCUCAUCUCCGUAAGAGUCCCUCACUCGAGUCGCUGAGCAGGCCUCCUUCUCUGGGCUUCGCGAGCACUCGACUGCUGAGCGCUUCCACCGGGGGCUUGAAACCACAAAGCAAACUCAGUGUGGAAAGAAGAGAUCCUCUGGCUGCCUUGGCCCGCGAAUACGGCGGCUCCAAGCGCAACGCUCUGCUGAAGUGGUGCCAGAAGAAGACAGAAGGUUAUGCUAACAUUGAUAUCACCAAUUUCAGCAGCAGCUGGAGUGAUGGCUUGGCGUUCUGUGCUCUCCUCCAUACCUACCUGCCUGCCCACAUCCCGUACCAGGAGCUGAACAGUCAGGAGAAAAAAAGGAAUCUCUUGUUGGCAUUUGAAGCAGCUGAAAGUGUAGGCAUCAAACCCAGCUUGGAGCUCAGUGAGAUGCUGUACACAGACCGGCCGGACUGGCAGAGCGUGAUGCAGUACGUGGCCCAGAUCUACAAGUACUUUGAGACGUAAACCCAGAGGGCCCGAGAGCAGCCGCCACCGCCUGCAGUUUGUCCGAAGCACCUGGUCACUUUCCACAGGCCCUGCUCCACCCGCCCCCGGCUGUCUGGAUCUCAGAGGAAGGCUCAGUCCAGGGGCCCAACCCACACGUGAGAAAUAGCUGAGUUCCGCCGUGCACCCACCUUAAAUCCAGACACACUGGGAGUGUUCGUCGAGGCAGCUUUGCCCUCCCUCGGGCCUCCCUCCUUCCAGAGCCGAGAGUCCACGCCCAGCUCGUUCCCACGACCCCAGGACGUCUCUAGUCACGCUGCAUGUCUGCACACGUGCACUGCACUGAGUUCACGACGAACGGCACGUCCAGAUCUGUCAUCUUUCUACUAAAAGUCCUGGCUUUUGCCUUUAUAAAAACUUUGCCCUUGCCACCCCCCACCCCAGAAAAAAACCAACAAAACACAAAAUGUCAAAGAAACAUUAGCUCUCAAGCAGCCCUGGCUUUUUGGGAAAUAUGCUUACCUUCUGGGUAACAAUUUAACACCUAGAACUUGGUUACAUUUUUUAGAUCUCACUGUCACUUAUUUGAUUCUUUGAAUGGAAGAUAAAACAUUUGAGAAUGCCAGGGAGGCCCUGGGUAGUUUGUCGCAGUGUCUCCGUGGGCAUCCUGCAGAGAGAAGCAUGUGCCGCCCCCUCCCCGGCCGUGUGCUUGGAUGGGUCACACUCGGACCUGCCCGCUCACUGGUCACUUUCAUGCUGAGCAGGAAACUCUUAACUGCUCCAUUUGUCCCCGUUUGUUCACACUCCCAUUCACACCCACACGCGUUUGUCCCACGUGCAGAACUUGACAGAAAGUCACCCGUGUGUGAAGUCGCCUGUGCCUGUGGGUCUUGAUGUAUUUGCACAAACAGGCUGAAGGUGUGUAUUUCUUGGGAUGCUGGGCAGACAGCAAAUCGAAACAUGCCAGCUCGAGACAGUUUUUAGUGCUUGGUCAGGCCUUUUACAUUUGCAUGGCAAAAGGAAGCCCUUAGGGGUAGGCAGAGAUGGCUCCGUUUAUAAUUGAACAAAGGAAAAUGCAGUUUCUCCACUGUCCUGCUGUCACCCUAAGUGGCAGCAGAGCCCCCCUCAGAGCAGCCCUGGUCGCCCCGGAAGUGCCCGAUGCAGGAACCCCCUGGCGGCUGUUUGGUGUUCUCGUUGGGAAAACAAAUGCUCAUUAGGUAGCAAAUGAGGGUGCGGUUCACCCUGGCAGUUGAGGUGGAUUCGUCAGUGCCUGCCACUUGCUGAUGUAAGUGCCCGGUGCGCUGUGUGAGUGCCCCUCUGACAAAGGGUCAUCCUCACCACAAGUCACCCCGGGUUACAAUGCUGCCGUCAUUACUCAGAGCAAAUCUCCAUGGCUGCGGCCCAGGCCCUGUGCUGGCAGAGGCGGGAGCUCAGCCCCUCCUCCAGGCCACCUUUGAGGAGGUGGCGGCUGGGCUCUGCAGAUGGUCUGUCCCUCGUUCCCAAGCUACUGCACUGCCCUGCUGUGGUUCUCCUGUGGCUCCAGGUCAGAAUCUCCUGGGGAACUUGUUGAAAAUACGCAAUCCUGGCCUGCCCCAUCAGUUGAUUCAGAAUUUCUGGAAGGGGACCAGGGAUGUGGUCUCUGUAUUUUCAGAGUUCCCCGACAGCCACUGAGAGCGCACCUUUCAUCGGGGCCCGGGCGGGGCAGUGAGCACAGGUCGCUCCACUGCAGCGUUUGGUGAUGGCACCAUGCAACUGGCCCGUUUGUUCUCAAAUGGAAGUUGGAGGCACAGUCUGAACAGUGUAGCUGACUCCUUCCUGAUGAACACAUCCAGAGGAAAGUUAUUACUUGUGUUGCUUCAUACAUCUGUCUCGUUGACGUAACUGAUACGUUUUCAUUAUCUCUGUGCUUCUGCCGUGCUCACCAGUGCAGUGGGGAAAAGCCAUAUCCCACGUAGUUGGGCUGAGCUGUUGGUUGUUGUGUUUAAUCCAGGAUUCCUCCGAGGUUUUGUGGGGAGAGGCAGUGGAGGUCUGGGGAUACCCAGAGGGGUGUUGACCAUUCCUGGAGCCUGUGCUUGGUGGUUCCCGUAAGUGAUUCAGAAUGAGCUCCAGGCAGAGCCCUCUCUUCGGGGGUGGUGGUGCUGCUUCCCCUCCCUCCACGUUGGACCCUGCUCCCUGUAGGUUAAAAAGAGCGAAAGAAAUGUCAUAUGAAAGAAAGGCCAUGUGCAAUUUAUUUUUAUAACUCAGAGAAGUUCCUUGACCCCCAUCUUUGCCAGUGGUUUGUUACAGCAGAGGAAGCGUUUGUCCUGUUCUUGGAAACACAGGUGGUGCUGCUUGGGGCAGGUCUGGCCCUGCGGGGUCCUGGUCCAGACACUGAAGGCAGACGGGGUGCGGGGUCAGGCCUUCCAGCACUGCAGGACCUAGAGGAAGCCGUCCCAACCCGGGCUGGGCCACAGGGUGGGGUUUUUAGAUCCAUUUUUAAUUGGAGAGCUCAGAGCACAAGGCAAACGUGUAAAAUUGAUAAUUGAGAACACAAGGUAGGGUCAGCAAACUGUAUCGUUCCCAGUGUCCUGUCCUGAGGCUUUCAGAGGCUACAGCAUCCGUGUUUCUUCCCAUCUUCCUUCAACCAAUACUUAGUCAUUUAAAAUUAUUUGGUGGUUCUGCAGAUCAUUUUUUUAAAAAUGUAUUAUUUUUAUAUAAAAGACAGAUGCAAAAUGCAAGGCCCAGAAGAGUGGAGGAUUUUUUUAAAGAGAAGACCAUGGUUCUUUGCACUGUGAGUUGUUUCAUGGACUUGAACUCUAGGUGACCGGUGACAGCGCCAUGGCCCCAGCCCCCUUGGGUUAGCAUUCUGAGGAUCCGGGCAAAUUCACACGUCCAUCAUCCUGUUCCCUUCUCACCUCAGAAGCAAUGUUAGUCUUUGGUUUUCAUUCUUCAUUCAGUUGUUGUUUUAUAGCUUUUGUUGAGACCGUCCAAAGCGUCCCAAAGUGAUGAACCAUCUGGCGACACGCAGACGGGCAGCUAUGACAAGUGUCUGCAGUGUUCUCUUCCCCUCGGAUGCGCUGGCCGGUUUCUCCCAGUUGCCCCCCCGCCUCCCCAGUGACAGCACUUCCCUGGCCUGAGGAGGCCAAGGACUCGGGUCGGGACACAAACCCAUGUGCCAAAUCCAGCAGCAGCCCCUCCCCUUCCAAGCCUGAGUGCCACUUUGAGAUGAACUACCAAUGACAUGCACUAAAGGAUGUAACCUCGCAACCUUUUUUAAAGUCUUUUUAAUGUCUCAGUUGCCCAAGUUCCCUGGGUGUGUCACGUCUCUGACCCGGGUUAGAGUUUGGCUGAAUCUGUAACACCUGAGUAGCUCACUGUUGGACUACAUUAGGUGAAUGCAGUCGAUACAUCUGUGGUCUCGUAUCUGCAAAGAGCACCCCAGCUUCUCCCAGCGUUGUCGGGACGUGACAUGCCAAUAGAGGUGUGUUUAACUGCUAACAUGAAAGUGUACCAUGUAUGACUCUGUAAUAUCUCUAAUAAAUAUAUUUUGUUUCUGUCUGAUUA